AUUUGCUUGCUUGGAGCAGGAGGGCUAAAGAAUUGGACAACAUUGUUCUAACAUUGUUUAUAUUUAUUGAAACUCGGUGGACCGACGAAGCUCCGUGAUACGCCGGCUGUCGUAUAAAACUAUUCUAUUUUAACUCAAAAAUAUUUACCGUUGGGUAAACAAAAUUUCGGAAACCCGGCUCGCACGUGACAGAGCCCAGGCAUGGCUUGGUAGUGCGAGGGAAGUGUCGAGCAGUUUGUAAACACUGCCGUUGAGUAGCGACUAACGGAUUUGGAUCAUGAUGUUUGUCGCGUGAGAAAGUAACGCGCGUUCGGUCUGUGAUGCGACGCAAGUAAUCGAGUGCACGCCUCUCGCGCUGAUAAGACGGCACCAUGAAUUCGGCCAAGAGUAACGGCGAGACCGGUAACGGGCUGGAGGACCUCGGCAUACCGGGGCAGAUUGAUCUGAGAGACGCUCUAACGAGUUGUACGGACCCGCUGAAGGCCAUCGAGGGAUUUCAGCUGGAAAAUGGCAUCCUGCUGCCGUCGUUGCGGCCUAUGCUGCCUCUGCUCGAUCUGCACGGAGUCAGGAGGCUGGACUUUCACGCCUCCGUGCUCGAGGAGUUGCGCGAGAAGCUGAUCAAGCAGAUCGACGAGAUUGGCGCCGAGCGGGCGGACAAGGGCACGUCCGGGGACAAGAGGCUGAAGGAAUUGCUGUCCAAGAGCUUCCCCGCCGUCCGAGUCGCCGCCCUGCGACCCGUGGUUAUGCGCAUCUUAAGGAACACCCCGCACAUUGACGAUAAAUAUCUAAGAGUGUUGGUGAGGGAGAAGGAGCUCUACAACGACGCCGGUACGGAGGUGAAGCGUCAAAUCUGGAGAGACAAUCAGAGUCUCUUCGGCGACGAGGUCUCCCCACUCUUCAGCCGUUACAUCAUUGAGAAAGAGCAAAUUUUAUUCGACCACUGCAACCUCACCAAUCUAUUUUUUAUGCCAUCCCCCAAGGUGAGAAGACAAGGGGAAGUCGUACAGAAAUUAGCCCAUAUGAUUGGGCACAGCGUAAAACUGUACGACAUGGUACUGCAAUUUCUAAGGACCUUGUUCUUACGCACAAAAAACAUUCACUAUUGCACCCUGAGAGCAGAACUGUUAAUGGCGCUGCAUGAUUUAGAGGUGCAAGAUAUCAUUUCUGUGGAUCCAUGUCACAAGUUCACAUGGUGUCUGGAUGCGUGUAUCAGAGAAAAGAACGUGGAUAUUAAACGGUCUCGCGAGUUGCAGGGCUUCCUGGACAGCAUUAAGAGGGGACAGGAGCAGGUGUUGGGGGAUCUAAGUAUGACUUUGUGCGAUCCCUAUGCGGUAAACUUUCUCGCCAGCAGUGUAAUAAAAAUAGCGCUUCAUCUGAUAAACAGCGAGGCGUUGCCCAGAGAAAAUGCAGUGCUCGUAUUAUUGUUGAGAAUGCUCGCGCUGGGACUGUCCGCGUGGCAGAUGAUCGAUACGCAAGACUUUAAGGAGCCGAAACUGGACAGUCAAGUCGUCACAAAGUUCCUGCCAGCACUCAUGUCGCUCAUGGUUGAUGAUCAAAUAAGGCAGCUUAACUGUAAACUUCCACCCGAUGAGCGGGAAAGUGCAAUCGCGAUUAUAGAACAUUCUGGACCACCUCCCGAUGCGUGCCAGGCGUACGCUCAGCUUUCUGGAGUCGCGGCAGUUCUGUCGAUGUACUAUGCAUUACAUGUCGGCGGUGGCAGCGGGGUUGGGAGGAGCAAGGGAGAUGCCAGAGGCUUGAUGAGGAUACUCGCGACACUACCAAAUUGCCAAGCGCAACGCGCUUUCGAAGAUCCAUUUCUACACACGCUGGUUUCGUUAUUAAUGAAUAUGUCUGACGAAUUCUCGAACGAGUCUUUCUGUACGGUCAUCUUUGACGAAUUCUUCCUAGCCGGUUUAGGUCGAGACAACGUAACACGACAUUUGUUGAAAUUACUUUGGUACAUAUACCCUAAAUUGCCGUCCGCGCGGUUACAUUCCUUACUGAAAGCCUUGCAACCAACAAGUCAGCACAACGAAGCAGUCCACAAUCUUUACGAGUCUUUACGCGACAGAGUCGGCAGUCAUUCCACAGAGGACCAAUUAGCAGCGACAGCUCAAAUGGACCCGUUAAGUCUCGAUUGUUCCCCCUCUGUGUUUACUGGAAUACCACCUUCAACAUCGAGCACGUGUCCACUUUAAAACCAUCUAGUUUAAGAGAAAUAAAGGAGAAAGAGUUAUAUCUUUCUUAGUUUACGAAUAUAAGAAAUAUUCAUAAACUAAAGAGGUUGUUUAAAAAAUUCCCUUAGAAAAUUCGUAGAUAUAGCGAUGAUAAGAUAUCAAAUUAUCAAUCAUACACAUCACAGUGAUCACUAUUAUCAUUGAUGUAUUUUGUAAUUUAAUAUUUUGUCGUCCACGAGUUCCCGAAGAUUUUUUAAUAGUUAUACUUUUU